AUGGGCGAUAAUUCGAAAGCUCUUAAAUAUUACGAAAAAGAUCUCGAAUUUAAACAAAAAACUCUUCCUCCGAAUCAUCCCAACUUGGCUACUACUUACAAUCAGAUCGGUGGAGUGUAUUAUAACAUGGGCAAGUACUCGAAAGCACUUUCAUCGUUCGAACGAUCACUUGAAAUCAAAAAAAUAGCUCUCCCUCCGAAUCAUCCCGACUUGGCUUCUUCCUACAACAACAUCGGUUUGGUGUAUGAUAACAUGGGCGAGUACUCGAAAGCACUUUCAUCGUAUGAACGAUCACUUGAAAUCAAAAAAAUAGCUCUCCCUCCGAAUCAUCCCGACUUCGCUCAAUCCUACAACAACAUCGGUUUGGUGCAUUAUAACAUGGGCGAGUACUCGAAAGCACUUUCAUCAUAUGAACGAUCACUUGAAAUCCGAAAAAUAGCUCUCCCUCCGAAUCAUCCCGACUUGGCUACUUCCUACAACAACAUCGGUUCGGUGUAUCAUAACAUGGGCGAGUACUCGAAAGCACUUUCAUCGUAUGAACGAUCACUUGAAAUCAAAAAAAUAGCUCUCCCUCCGAAUCAUCCCUCCUUGGCUUCUUCCUACAACAACAUCGGUGCAGUGUAUGAUGAAAUGGGCGAGUACUCGAAAGCACUUUCAUCGUACGAACGAUCACUUGAAAUCCAAAAAAUAGCUCUCCCUCCGAAUCAUCCCGACUUGGCUGCUUCCUACAACAACAUCGGUUUGGUGUAUGAUAAAAUGGGCGAGUACUCCAAAGCACUUUCAUAUUACGAAAAAGCACUACAAAUCAAAAAGAUUGCUCUUCCUCCAGCACAUCCAAGUACUGCACGCACAGAAAGAAACAUUGAACUUCUGAAAAAGAAAAUAUAA